AUGCAACAAGCACCAAGGCAUCAGCAACAAAGUCGUAUACCCGAACAACAAGGUGUAGGCCAAAUAUUACCUCCAGUACCUGUUGGCAUCGACACUGCUAAUGCUCCUCCAUUACCACCUGGCGCCAUGCCGCCAGGAACGAGACUUCAAGUGGGGAAAUAUCAUGUUAUUGUACAUAAUUUUAUAGCCGAAGGUGGUUUCGCGCACGUGUACCUUGCUCGUAUAGAGGGCAAAACAGGUUAUGUGGUCUUAAAGAGAGUAGCAGUGCCAGAUGGUGAAAGGUUAAAAAUGGUAGAAAAGGAGAUUGCUUUCAUGAGGAGACUAGGUGAUCAUAAAAAUAUUGUGAGAUAUUACGAGUCAAGGAUUGACGCGUUACCUGUGGGCGGUUUUGAAGCACUUAUUUUAAUGGAGUAUUGUCCUGGCGGCGGUGUAAUAGACUUGAUGAAUAGAAGAUUGCAGCAACGAUUAACCGAACCAGAGAUUUUGAAAAUAUUCAAUGAUGUUGCAGAAGCACUUGCGUAUAUGCAUUAUUGUAACCCACCAGUAUUACACAGGGAUUUAAAAGUUGAAAAUAUUCUUAUUUUGAGUCUAGAUCAUUAUAAACUAUGUGAUUUUGGUUCAGCUGCUCUUUCCAAGGGAAAUUAUAUACCAGUUACUUUAAAAGAUAUGCAAAAGAUCGAAGAUGAUAUACAGCGCCACACAACUUUACAAUAUCGUGCUCCAGAAAUGAUUGAUGUUUACCAAAAGAAGCCUAUCAAUGAGAAAGCUGACAUUUGGGCCAUGGGAGUGCUACUAUAUAAAUUAUGUUAUUAUACAACACCAUUCGAGGAGGAAGGACAAUUAGCCAUACUAAAUGCUCGGUAUUCUAUACCUACUAUGCCAUUGUUCUCGGAUGGAUUGCGACAAUUGAUCAUAUCCAUGCUGCAAGAAGACCAGAAUCGCAGACCGAACAUCUAUCAAGUACUGAAAGCAGUCUGCCAAUUAAGGGGCGUUGAAUGUCCUGUUAGAGAUUUUUACGUCGAACCUAUUAUUACACCAAAUUAUGGCCAAGCUCAAUCAAAUCAACCACAGCAAUCGCAAUACAACUCACCAUCAGCAAACACUAACACUUCCUCUGAUAAUGUUAUUUUUGAAAAGAUCCCGCCACCCGCGCAAGAAAUACCACAUAUAACACCUAUGCGCAGAGGACGACCUGUUAAGCCUGAAAGAAGUGCAUUAAACAAUGAUACUACUAAUAGUCCUGCUAUUAGUAAUAGUAAUACUGUUAGUCCUAAUACCACCUCAAAAAAUGCGGCUAUAUUUGAUCCGUUUGAUCCAAAUCAUGUCAGCAAAAACGCCAAUCUAUCAUCCGGUAUCUCUUCACCAGCGCCAUCAUCAGCACCAACAAAUUCAUUCCAAAAUAGUUUUACUCCGACAUCACCAAUUUACUCCACCACAGCUAAAUCAUCAAAUAUUGCUACUAAAGCAACUACGUCAAUUAACACUGAUAAAGCAUCAUCAGAAGUAAGCGAUACUAUGAGAUCACCGUCACCGUCACGAGCACAAAGUGCACCUAUCAUUGAGGAACCGAAACCUCAAAUGGCUACCCGUAUCUUACUCACCCAGCCGAGUACACCAAUAACAACUACAACAACAACAGAAUCUAAAAACCAACAUAAACAGCCAGAGCACGCAAUAAAUAAAAAGGAGGAACAAUCAGCAGCUAAACCCAUAAAUGAUAGAGUAGAGAUGCAAGAAUCCAGACCAGAGAAAGAGUAUGUGCCAGAGACUACUGAUAAUAGCAGUAAUUCAGCUCGUCUUAGUCGAAGUGUCUCUGCAAGUAUUGAAGAAAGAUUUAUGGCUAUCAAAAAUGCCAGCAGAAAUAACCAUCAAUCGAUCAAAACGUCGACCAUUUCACCUGUAAUGAACCACUCAAGUAACGACUUGCAUAAAGAAAAGAUUGACAAUACUUCCGUUUCAACAGUAUCCUCGCAAGAGCCUCCCAAAAAGAGUAAACCUGCACCUCCGCCGAAACCAGCAAGAUUCAGAUCAGCCUCAAACGCAAAAGCGGCCUUCCGACCGGAAGAAAACAAUCAAAAUAAUACACCAUCAGUAGAUGAUUUUGAACAUAAGUUUCCUUCAUUAGAAGACUUGGAUAAAGCCAUAUCAUCGCCUUAA